UCGAGAGCGGCUGCACUUUCCUGUCUCCCCGCCGAGGAGAGCUGAGGAGCAGCGGCCAGUGGCCUGGCGAGUUUCCCCGGAGAGGAGCCGGAUUUCGGUGCAGGGACGGAGCGAGGAGUCAGAGCAGAGUAGUGUAAAAAUGGAAGAGCAGGGGCCGAGAAGACCCAUUCAAAGGGAGAGACUGGAGUCCAAAGGAAAAAGAUCUCCUGCAGGCCAAGAUGAGACCUUCAGAGAUCUUCUGCCUUGUGCAGAUUUAUGUGAAAUUAAGAAGGAGGCAGAGGAGGGGCAGCCACAGCAGCACUGGGAUGCCCAGUGGCAGGAUCUCCUGAAGACGAUGCACCCUCCUCGUUCAAGCUGGGAAACCCCACAGGCUCCCAGUCCUCCCCACUCUGGGGAUGGUGUCCUCCUGGCCUCCUUCAGGGAAGCUGCGGAUGACAGCCAGUGGUCCAGCGGGAGAGCAGGCGGGACAGACCAGACCCUGCCCCCAGACACUGAGGGGCUUCCGGAAAAGGAAUCGUGGCCUGUGGAAGAUGUUGUUAUUAAGUCCCCCAAGUCUGAGCAGGAUCCCUUGGACACAGAGAACAUCCAUCUCUCGGCAAAGGCUGCGGGAGAGAGUGAAGAAGAGGCCAGUUUUCUGGGUCAGGAAGAUGAGGGACAGAAUUCACCAGAGCCACCUGUGAAUUUAUUGGGAAGAGCAAAAAAACAGUUUAAAUGUAUGGAAUGUGGGAUGUGCUUUAGUCACAGGGGAACACUGAGGAUACACCAACGAAGUCACACAGGGGAGAAACCAUUUGAAUGUAUGCAGUGUGGAAAGAGCUUCAGCGAAAGUAAAACACUUAGAAGACAUCAACAAACUCACAUGGGGGAGAAACCAUUUAAAUGUAUUGAAUGUGGAAAGAGCUUCAGUAAAAAUGAAUCACUUAGAAUACAUCAACAAACACACACAGGGGAGAAACCAUUUAAAUGUAUAGAAUGUGGAAAUAGCUUCAGUAGAAGUGAUGCACUUAGAACACACCAACGAACUCACACGGGGGAGAAACCAUUUGAAUGUAUUGAAUGUGGAAAGAGCUACAGUCAAAAUGCACACCUUAGAAGACACCAACGAACUCACACGGGGGAGAAACCAUUUAAAUGUAUUGAAUGUGGAAAUAGCUUCAGUAGAAGUGAUGCACUUAGAACACACCAACGAACUCACACGGGGGAGAAACCAUUUAAAUGUUUUGAAUGUGGAAAGAGCUUCAGUCAAAUUGGAGGCCUUAGAACACACCAACGAGCUCACACAGGGGAGAAACCAUUUAAAUGUAUAGAAUGUGGAAAUAGCUUCAGUAGAAGUGAUGCACUUAAAACACACCAACAAACUCACAUGGGGGAGAAACCAUUUAAAUGUAUUGAGUGUGGAAAGAGCUUCAGUGGAAGUGGAGACCUUAGAACACACCAACGAACUCACAUGGGGGAGAAACCAUAUAAAUGCAUGGAGUGUGGAAAGAGCUUCGAUCACAGUGGAAAACUUAUAGUACACCAACGAACUCACACGGGGGAGAAACCAUUUAAAUGUAUUGAAUGUGGAAAGAGCUUCAGUCAAAGUGGAAAACUUAAAGUACAUCAACGAACUCACACGGGGGAGAAACCAUUUAAAUGUAUUGAAUGUGGAAAGAGCUUCAGUCAAAGUGGAAAACUUAAAGUACAUCAACGAACUCACACGGGGGAGAAACCAUUUAAAUGUAUUGAAUGUGGAAAGAGCUUCAGUCAAAAUGAACACCUUACAAUACAUCAACGAACUCACACGGGGGAGAAACCAUUUAAAUGUAUUGAAUGUGGAAAGAGCUUCAGUGGAAGUGGAGACCUUAGAACACACCAACGAACUCACACGGGGGAGAAACCAUAUAAAUGUAUGGAAUGUGGAAAGAGCUUCAGUGGAAGUGGAGGCCUUAGAACACACCAACGAACUCACACGGGGGAGAAACCAUUUAAAUGUAUUGAAUGUGGAAAGAGCUUCACUCAAAUUGGAGGCCUUAGAACACACCAACGAACUCACAUGGGGGAGAAACCAUUUAAAUGUAUUGAGUGUGGAAAGAGCUUCAGUGGAAGUGGAAAACUUAAAGUACACCAACGAGCUCACACAGGGGAGAAACCAUUUAAAUGUAUAGAAUGUGGAAAUAGCUUCAGUAGAAGUGAUGCACUUAAAACACACCAACAAACUCACAUGGGGGAGAAACCAUUUAAAUGUAUUGAGUGUGGAAAGAGCUUCAGUGGAAGUGGAGACCUUAGAACACACCAACGAACUCACAUGGGGGAGAAACCAUAUAAAUGCAUGGAGUGUGGAAAGAGCUUCGGUCAAAGUGGAAAACUUAUAGUACACCAACGAACUCACACGGGGGAGAAACCAUUUAAAUGUAUUGAAUGUGGAAAGAGCUUCAGUCAAAGUGGAAAACUUAAAGUACAUCAACGAACUCACACGGGGGAGAAACCAUUUAAAUGUAUUGAAUGUGGAAAGAGCUUCAGUCAAAGUGGAAAACUUAAAGUACAUCAACGAACUCACACGGGGGAGAAACCAUUUAAAUGUAUUGAAUGUGGAAAGAGCUUCAGUGGAAGUGGAGACCUUAGAACACACCAACGAACUCAUACGGAGGAGAAACCAUAUAAAUGUAUGGAAUGUGGAAAGAGCUUCAGUGGAAGUGGAGGCCUUAGAACACACCAACGAACUCACACUGGGGAGAAACCAUUUAAAUGUCUUGAAUGUGGAAAGGGCAUCAGUCAACAUGGACACCAUAGGAGACACCAGCGAAUGCACACAGGGGGAAAACCAUAUCAAUAUAGAAUUUUCUACUCCGUGUUCCCUUACAAAAUAUUCAUUCUCACCUAUUCCACUGAAUAGUUUGG